CAGCCAGGAGUCCACAGUACUCGUUUCCUGAGCUCCUGCACCGCCGCCGAAGUUUCGUCACAGCGGUCCUCUUGACAGCAUGGAUGGGGAGGAAGAUGAUCUGUCUCUGCUGACCGCAUUGCUGGAGGAGAACCAGUCAGCCUUCGGCUGUAAUUCAGAAGAAAGUGACUUCUUGUCCCAGGAAGAGGGAGAGCCGGACUCAUUUGAUGAACUCUUUGAUGCUGAUGGUGAUGGUGAAUCUUACACAGAAGAGGCCGAUGAUGAAGUGGGAAAGAUGGAAGCCCAGAAGGAAAACUUGGCCACUCUCUUUGGUGAUACAGAGGACUUAACCGAUGAAGAAGUUCCUACAUUGCAACCAGCUAAAAAUAGGGUCUUCUCUGCUCCUGCCCCCAGUCAAGAGAAAACGAAUCAAGAGUUGCAAGAUGAAUUAAGGAAAUUGCAAGAGCAAAUGAAGUCCUUACAAGAACAACUAAAAGCAGCAACAAUUAAACAGUCUGCAAGUCCAACGCUUUCACAUAAAUCUCCUGGUAAGUCUCCACGGCCCCCCUUUAAGGAGAAGAGAGUUCAGAGAAUUCAGGAGUCGCCACAGUUUUCUGCAGAGCUUGAUGCCCCUGCACCCCCAAGAACCAAGCGGAUAGCUCGGACACCAAAGCCUUCCCCUGCAGAGCCCAAAAUCUCAUCUUCAAGGAUGACAAGUACACCCUCCCAACCACUUCGGACUAUUCUUCAGAACAAACCCAGUGGCAUGACUAGAGAUCAGAGCUCGGCGACCCCGGGGAGUUCUGGGGAAAGGGCUCAGCCCGUCUGCAUGGAAACCUUCUCCGGUCUGCGGCUCAGGCGGCCUCGAGUAUCCUCUACAGAAAUGAACAAGAAAAUGACGGGUCGAAAACUGAUCAGACUGUCUCAGAUCAAGGGAAAGAUGGCAAGUGAGAAGCUGGAAGAAAUAGACUGGGUGACAUUUGGGGUUAUUUUGAAGAAAGUUACUCCACAAAGUGCCAACAAUGGAAAAACAUUCAGCAUCUGGAAACUGAAUGAUCUUCGUGACCUGACACAGUGCGUGUCCUUAUUCUUGUUUGGAGAAGUUCACAAAGAACUCUGGAAGACGGAACAAGGUACUGUCAUCGGGUUGCUCAAUGCUAAUCCCAUGAAGCCCAAGGAUGGUUCAGAGGAGGUGUGCUUAUCGAUUGAUCAUCCUCAAAAGGUCUUAAUUAUGGGUGAAGCUCUCGACCUCGGAACCUGCAAAGCAAAGAAGAAGAGUGGAGAGCCUUGUACACAGACUGUGAACUUGCACGACUGCGAGUAUUGUCAGUACCAUGUCCAGGCCCAGUACAAGAAGCUCAGUGCCAAGCGGGCCGACUUGCAGUCCACCUUCUCCGGAGGACGGAUUCCAAAGAAGUUUGCCCGCAGGGGCGCCAGCCUCAAAGAACGUCUGUGCCAUGAUGGUUUCUACUAUGGAGGAGUUUCUUCUGCCUCAUUCGCGGCCUCAAUUGCAGCAGCUGUUGCUCCUAAGAAGAAAAUUCAAACCACGCUGACGAAUCUGGUUGUUAAGGGCACAGACUCGAUCAUUCAGGAAACACACCAAAAACUCGGAAUACCCCAGAAGAACUUGUCUUGUUCGGAGGAGUUCAAGGAACUGAUGGACCUGCCGACAUGUGGAGCCAGGAACUUAAAACAUUUGGCCAAAGGCACAACCUCAGGCAUCAUGGGGAGUCUGAAACCUGCCAUCCAGUCCAUCUCGGCGUCAGCCCUCUUGAAGCAGCAGAAGCAGCAGAUGUUGGAGAUGAGGAAGAGGAAAUCAGAAGAGAUACAGAAACGGUUUCUCCAAAGCUCAAGUGAGAUCCAGCGCCCUGCCGUCCCCUCAUCUCGACAGCCCUCUGCUAAGUCUCCACGGACGGGGGCUGAGUUCUCCAGACUGGAGGGAGCCUCAGCCCCAUGGACCCCCAAGCUGGGGCGAGGCAUCUCAGAAGGAGAUGACGUUCUCUUUUUUGACGAGUCACCACCACCAAGACCAAAACUGAGUGCUUUAGCAGAAGCCAAGAAGUUAGCUGCCAUCACCAAAUUAAGGGCAAAAGGGCAGAUUAUUACAAAAACAAACCCAAACAGCAUUAAAAAGAAGCAAAAGGACCCCCAGAAUGUCCUGGAAGUGACGGAACGUGUAGAAAAGAACAUCACAUCUUCUCCUCAAGCCGAGGAUGAACUGGAGCCUGCCAGGAAAAAAAGGAGAGAGCAGCUUGCCUACCUGGAAUCUGAGGAAUUUCAGAAAAUUCUAAAAGCAAAAUCAAAGCACACAGGCAUCCUGAAAGAGGCCGAGGCUGAGCUGCAGGAAUGCUAUUUUGAGCCACUGGUGAAAAAAGAACAAAUGGAGGAAAAGAUGAGAAACAUCAGAGAAGUGAAGUGUCGAGUGGUGACUUGCAAGACGUGCGCCUACACCCAUUCCAAGCCUCUGGAGACCUGCGUCAUCGAGCAGCACGACUACCACUGGCACGACGGUGUGAAGCGGUUUUUCAAGUGUCCGUGCGGAAACAGAAGCAUCUCCCUGGACAGACUUCCGAACAAGCACUGCAGCAACUGUGGCCUCUACAAAUGGGAACGCGACGGAAUGCUAAAGGAAAAGACAGGUCCAAAGAUAGGGGGAGAAACUCUAUUACCAAGAGGAGAAGAACACGCCAAAUUUCUGAACAGCCUUAAAUAACGUCGACUUCAGAUAUCUUCCCAUCAUCUUCCUUGCAUCUUUUGGCUCUGGAGAGGGAAGGCAUGGGCCCUGCAUUGCACGUAUUCCUGACUGACACUGUCAGAAGCAAGUGCAUAAACUUUGCCUACUUACUACCUUCCAUUGUGUCGGUUUAACAUCAGACAUUGACACUUUGGUGGAAAUCCAAGGUAUCAUCUUUCCUGUCCUUACUAUGGAUGACUGCAUCACUGCUUUCACACAAACUUUUUGCCCAAAAACUAGAAGGUAAACUGGGGAUAUGUUUCUAUAGCUCUUGGUUAUAGAGUUUUCGCUCAUGUAUCAUAAGAAAGUUUGAGGGUUUGUGUGGACACCCAGGAGCAAAAGACUUAAUGCAGCUUACCUCUCACCCCAGGGUAAGUUGCUUGAUUCCUGGGCUUCAGUUUCCUUAUCUGUAAAAUCAGGAAGAUGGGACUAAAUGAUCUUGAAAUGUAUCUUACAGUAUUCACAUGCUGCAAAUAAUGUGACGUCUUUCCAUCUAAUUAUAAUCAUUGCUUUUAAUAUAGUCUUUAUGUACUGAUAUUGAAUGCCAGAUUCAGG